AUGAAUACGCCAAUUGAUUACUUUUUUCAAACCUCUCCAAAAGAGUGGAACGUACUGGAAGCUCUAUCUAUUUAUGAUAAGUUAGAGCGAUGUGAUUCUUUUGGAUCUCUAUUGCAAACGAUGAGACGUGAAGUUGACAGUGUCUGUGAAAGACAACCAACUUUCAAAAAAAAGGGAAAAUCGUUUGCUGAUACUAUUGAGGAAGGUAUUAAAAUACAUGCUUUUGUACUUCUCCUAGAAUUUUCUAAUUGUAAUUUGCAUGGAGACACAACCGUAGCAAGCAAAAAUGAAGGACAACAUCCUGACCACAACAAUACAGGUGCUGAUACUCAACCACCCACAAAAAUUUGUAUCGACACUAUUACAAAUCACGGUGAGUUUAAUAUUGCCAAUAAUAAACAGAGAUUAUUGCCGUCUCUUGAUAAUACCAACAAUGCUUAUGUUACUCCUAUCACACCUACUGUGAUAAUUCGAGUAUAA